AUGACUCUUUCUCCAGCCUCCAAAAAGGACAGGAAACAUGCCAAAGAAAGUGGCGGCAUUGCCGCGGCCGUGACGAAGCAAACAGCUGGAAAUAACAAGAGCAAGAGCUCCUCCACCUCGGUCGCUUCCACGCCCCCGGCCGAUACUCCCGAAAUCCAGCCUUCUUCCGGCCCUGACAAUGUCAACCCCGCUGUCUCCCCUAUGCUGGCUGCUUUGUCCACCACUCCAGUAUCUGCAAGUACAGCACCGAGUAUGAAUAAUGAAUGGAUGAGGAGCGGCAUGGCCGGCUCCCCAGGCAACCUCAUCAGUAUCAUGGGCGAUUCACCUCCUACUCAACCAUCUUCUUAUGAGGACUCCAAUCGACUGCAUCACGGAUGGGCUGCCCAGCGACCUUACAUGAGCCCUUCUCCUGCAUCUCUGUCUCCCCCAAGUCAUGGUCGACGGCCCUUGAGUUUUCAUAUGGAUGCUCAGUAUCAGUCACCCGAGACUCCCCCACCAGGUGCGCAUUAUCGUCGUGGUUCUGUCAACUCUCCUUUCGCUGGCUCGAGGAUGGGAGGUCAACCUCCACUCCCUCAUCAGCCCCAACCGCAUUUCUAUGGAGCCCCGGAUAUCGAUCUCAAUAUGGAAUCCCGUUCGGGUAUGAAAGCAGGUGAACGCGGCUACUUCUUUGGCUUUGACAAGCUUCCGGAAUGCUCUGGUUUCCCUGCUAGCCCUAGUAACGUUGUUAUUGCGGGCUACGAAGGUGGUCUCGAUGUGUACGCCGUCAGCAAGAGAGGCCUCGAGCCUGUGGCAAGUUUAAAGGGACUGCGUGGAGGUGUCCGCCAUGCCAAGAUUCUUCCAUGGACUCUGGGCAACGCUUCGGAGUCGCUGUUCCCUCUUGUCGCGGUGGUCCUUCAUGGUCCUGUAUUGCCCUCAAGCUCGGCUGGAUUGUCCACUCAGGAUGAGAACGCGAGCCCUAGACCCGACGGAACGACGAGCCCGCGGUCCGUUUUCGCUCAUCAGGAUGGAUUUCAAGGACGCAAGCCUAUCGAUGCUUAUCAGACUUCCGUCGAAAUCUACUCCCUCAAGACGAACCAACCUGUCGAUGUGCUUCUCCAGGCGCCCAAGAUUCACAUCAACCCCGAGAUUUCCGUCACAAACCCCAUCUUUAGACCUCCCCCGCCCAGUGGCUCUUUCACGAUUAGAGCAGACUCUGGAACGCUUGUAGUCUGUUCGGGCGUCACCGGUGAAUGCUGGGUGUAUUGGCAACUGUUGGAGGAACAGAAUGGCCACAUCUUUACAUGCGUCGGCAAGAUAUGGACCAGUCUCCAGCAGAGCCAUCGUGGUGAGGUGCCAGAGGAGGCCGAUAAGUCGCGCGCUUCAUCUGCUAACCCUCGACCAAACCCGCAAACCCCGAUCCUGGCCGUCAAUGGACGAUGGAUCGCUUACUGUCCAUCGAAUCCAUCAACCCAGGUCCUACUCGGAGCUCAUGUGCCACUGCCAAUUUUUGGCAAGGCACCUGGACUCUCCAGUGUCACCUCGCCCCAACUUCCGACGAUAUCUGCAUCAGUCGAUCUGCCUAUAUCAGACAGUGUCGUCAACAAGAUUAUGCGGGAGACGACCCAGGAGCUGAUCCAGGGUGCUAAAUGGGUUGGCCAGCAAGGGCGGCAGGCUUGGAACUCGUACUGGAAUAAGUCGUCAAGCCCUCAGCUACAGCCGCAACAGGCUCGCUCUCCGCCUCAACACUGGGCUGGAACUCGGUCUCCUCAUGGAGACGCCAGCCAGUUCCCGCCCACCCAUGGUUCCGCUGGCCAGGCCGUAGCCAAGGAGCCUGGGCUGGUGUCUAUCAUUGACGCUGGGUCGCUCUCUACAUCUUCCUCAAUCCACCCAAUUGUUACGUUCUCGACACCAUUGGGAUGCAGUUAUCUUUCCUUCUCACCAUCUUCCUUGUCUCUGUUUACGGCCAGCAGCAAGGGUGAUGUUCAGACGGUUUGGGACCUCUUGCGUAUCCAACAUACCAGAUCGUCCCCCCUCCAGGCAACUGUUGCGCCAAAUACGAGCACAGGACCCCAGGUCCGUCAGAUCGCCCAGUUCUCUCGCAUGACUGUCGCACGGAUCGUCGACGUUGCUUGGACACAGGCGCAGGGCGAGCGGCUAGCCAUGGUGACAGAACGUGGCACUGUUCAUCUUCUCGACAUGCCGUCGAGCGCAUUCAUGUGGCCCGCUCCGCGCCGUCGCAAAGCGGCUCCUGAGAGUGGUACUGCUACACCAGACCAGACUAAUACCGCAGUUUCGUUGGCUACAGGCGCCUUUGGUGCGGCCUACCAAGCUGCAAAGCCUUUCGUAGGCCGGCCCCGUCGUAGCAGCGCCAACGUCCCUGGCGUUACUAGCAAUACUCUCAAGGAUUCCGCGGCCAUGGGAGGAAGGGUGAUUGCUGCUAGCAUUAGCUCUUCCCUUGGGAAGACGGGAACUGCGAUCAAUCAACUUCGACAAACGGGAGAAAACCGUGUGUCCUUGCCACCAAGCUCAACCUAUCCAGCGGCAUCCUGUGUGACCUGGAUCAGGAGCCGGAAGCAUCACGGACUCUACGUGGUUGGAGGCGGCUUUAUGCGGGCGUUCUCCUGUCGGACUCGUCGGUCUAGCGUACAGGCUGGUAGCAGAGUGACACGCGCCAGCAGAUAUCACGACUACAAUGUGCAGGCCUUGCCUAAUGAUCUCGUUGCUCCGGCUGUACGACAAAUGGUCGACCUGGGCGCUCAAGAGGAGAUCCUCGACCUUUCGGAUCGUGAAAUGGACGCCGGGAACACACUGACACUCAACCCUCGACCUCGUGCGGUUUCCACAGACCAUAACAUGGAAUCUUCGAUCCCCCAGGCCGAGAUAGAAUCAAGCGCGCCUUACCAGCCCUUCCACACCGAUCGGCGGGUAACCCUGUGCGAAUACCGGCGAGGUGCAGCAGAUCAACUGGAAGCAGUGUCUGCCAUCCUAGCCGAGACGAAUCUAGAAGAGAAUGCAUCAAAGAAAAAGAAGAAGAAGGGGCAACCCGUGGAAUCAGGUUCAUCACGCGGUGCUUCGAGCACCGCUGCUUGGGCCUUUGGGCAGGAUCUUCCCGUGGUGCGACUGGACUUGGGUUUGCCGUCUGUUGCCGAAGAGGAGUACGGCGACCUGGAUGACCACCUCGGCCUUCCCCAGUCGGCCAUGGAGCGUGUGAUGCAGUAUGGUGAUGAGGAGCAGAUUGUGGUGACAACAAGGAGACGCCGUGGAGCUCAGGGCGGAGGCCCAGGGGAGGAUGGCUUCUUUGAGGAUGAUUGUGAAGUCCUCGAUUUUGCUGAUCAGAGAGUCUAG